AUGGCAACAUCCAUCGAGACACUGCGGCAUGUUAUCUGGGCGUGGGGCAAUCAGGCAAAGACUGCUCCAAAAUCACUUAUUUUUGCAACUUUUCUUGCCAUAGUGGUCUCCAUUCUUUUUUUUUUUUAUGCCGCCCUUUUCUUCCUCGUUCCCAAACCCAGAGCCCCUUUAGCGUCGGAGAGGACAUACAUAACUUCUGAUCCAUCAACCAAGGUCACCAAGCCCCGGAAUCUGCCGUGCUGGCAUGAUGUAUGGCUUCAAAAUCGGCAGGGAACUGCAAACUCCAGUAAUACUCUUGGGAAGUACACCAGUUUUAUCGACGAGCCUGAAAUAGAAAUGAGUGUAGUCGUACCAGCCUACAAUGAAGAAGAGCGUCUAACAGUUAUGCUGGAGGAAGCGGUUGAGUACCUUGAAGCCGAAUACGGGCGGAAGCCCAAACAACUAGAGAAGUCCAAGGUUACUCGAGAGCAGCCUUCUGGGCAUAGAGUUGUCGGAGGAUAUGAGAUAUUAAUCGUUAACGAUGGUAGCUCGGACAAGACAGUCGAAGUCGCCUUAGAAUUUGGUCGACGCCAUAAUCUACAUGAUAUCCUGAGAGUCUGUACUCUUAAGACGAACCGAGGAAAGGGUGGCGCAGUGAUCCAUGGGUUUCGGCACGUGAGGGGCGCAUAUGCCUUAUUUGCGGAUGCCGAUGGUGCCAGUCGCUUCACGGAUGUGCACAAAUUGGUGGAAGGAUGUAAGGAAGUCGUAGAUGCUUCGGGCCGGGCCGUCUCCGUAGGCAGUCGCGCGCACCUCGUCGAGAGUGAGGCCGUUGUCAAGCGUUCGCUCAUCCGGAAUGUUCUGAUGCACUCGUUCCACCUGCUCCUCCGUCUCCUGACCCCGCCCGCUACGUCACGGAUACGUGACACACAGUGCGGCUUCAAACUAUUCUCUCGCCCGGCACUUCCGUAUAUUGUGCCGUACAUGCACGCCGAGGGCUGGAUCUUCGAUGUAGAAAUGCUAAUGCUAGCAGAGAGUGCACCGCCUGCACUGCUCCCAGGCGGCGGCGAGACGGAUGCAGGCAUCAGAGUCAAAGAGGUCUUUAUCGGGUGGAAAGAGGUGGGCGGCAGUAAACUUAAUGUAAUUUGUGAUAGUUUGGGUAUGGCUUAUGGACUUGCCUUGCUUAGGGCUGGCUGGAUGCUCGGGGUAUACAGACGUUGGUGA